AUGUCUCAAGCAACGCAGGAGCCCGUGCUCAACAAGGUCUCGAAGCUGCCCAUUGACGAGGCGAAAUGGAUCACUCUCAAGAAGCUCGACUAUACGGACCAGACGGGAACGCAGCGCACGUGGGAGAUGGCCACGCGCAAGACCCGCGGCAAGGCCGGCGUCGACGCCGUGGCCAUGGGCAACAUCCUCGUCCACCCGUCGAAGCCGCCGUCGACGAUGAUCGUGAUCCAGUAUCGCCCCCCGCUCGACGCGUACACCGUGGAGUGGCCGGCGGGGCUCAUCGACGCCGACGAGACGGCCGAGCAGGCCGCCGUGCGCGAGUUCCGCGAGGAGACGGGCUACGACUGCCGCGUGUUGAGCAUGAGCCCCGCCCAGGCUGCCGACCCGGGCAUGAGUGAUGCGAACAUGGUGCUGGCCAUGGUCGAGGUGCAGCUGCGCGAGGGAGAUCCGAUGCCGGAGCAGCGCCUAGAUGACGGCGAGCGCAUCGAGCGCGUCGUGGUGCCCCUUACUGAGUUCUACGAUCGUCUCGUCGAAUACGCCACAAAGGACCGCUUCGUCGUCGCCGCGAAGCUCUUUCACUUUGCCGCUGGCAUGCAGUUUGCUCAGACACAGAAGUACGUCAAGUUCCCGGAGCAGGGUUGA